UGCAGGAGCGCACGCUCGGGCACGCAGCCGGUUGUAGAGGCACGCUGAUCGGACUGAGCGGGAUGGACGUCUGGGCUGCUGGAGUUUGUCUGGUUGGGAAGCGCUGGAGCUGAGGGGCCUGAUGAACAGCGAGCCGUCAGUUUCCAUUUAAUUUGCUGUCUUUACGCAGGCAGGAGAGGUGCGCUCUGCUGCCUGACAGUAAUCCGCUUGCCAGGGAGGAGUAGGGGAAAGCUCUCUCCAGACUGAAGCAGAGUGAGAGGGGAGGGACAGCAGGUUAAGUCGGACACGGACCAAGAGAGUUAAACAGCGUGUGGUCAUAUGGACCGACUGUAGUUGUGCAGACAGGCUGCUGGGAUUCCUCUUGGCACGAUGAGCGGACCAACAAAAGUUAAGUACCAGUCAGGCCUCUAUGGAGGAAACCACAACAACAGCAGCAGCUCUCCUCUCUCUAGCAGAGGAAAUUCACCAAUCAUGUGUGAGCGCUGUCGGGAGGCUUGUCGUGGAGAGGUGGUGCGUGUCAAGAACACGCACUUCCAUGUUCAUUGCUUCACCUGCCAAGUGUGCGGCUGUGACUUGGUGCAGGCGGGUUUCUUUCACCACUCUGGCGAGUACAUCUGCACGGAGGACUACCAGCGGCUCUACGGGACCCAGUGCGACAGCUGCGACCAGUACAUCACUGGAGAGGUGGUCUCUGCCAUGGGGAGGACGUACCACCCGCACUGUUUUGUCUGCAGUGUUUGCAGGCAUCCAUUCCCAAUUGGAGACAGAGUGACCUUCUGUGGAAAAAAGUGUGUGUGUCAGCAGUGCUCCCACUCUCUGGAACAGGACAAGCCUGUUAAGGUUCUUGGACCGAGCUACUGUGCAGGCUGCGGCCAAGAGAUCAAACAGGGCCAGUCUCUGCUGGCUUUGGAUAGGCAGUGGCACAUCACUUGUUUCAAAUGUAGGACGUGCGGCUGUGCUCUCACUGGGGAAUACAUCAGCAAAGAUGGGAUUCCUUACUGUGAGGAUGACUACCACACUCAGUUUGGGAUCAGGUGUGAGGGCUGCAGCAGCUACAUCAGUGGUAGAGUCCUUGAGGCUGGAGGGAAGCAUUACCACCCGAGUUGUGCCAGGUGUGCCCGCUGCCACAUGAUGUUUCAGGAAGGAGAGGAAAUGUACCUUACAGGUUCGGAGGUUUGGCACCCCAUGUGUAAAGAAGCAGCUCGUCUGGAGAGAAAACUGAGGCUGAGACGAACCUCUGAGACUGCGUCCAUUUCUCCUUCAGGUUCCUCUCCACUCCUUGGUUCCCCUCACCGGCUCAUCUGUUCUCAGGGGGACACUGAUGUUUUAGGCUAUAGGCAGCUGGAGGCUCUGCCCAGUGUCAAAACCAUAUAUGACAUCCAGCAGCCAGACAUCAUCCCUUUUCAGGCUGACCAUGCACACACUCAGCUCUUAGAAGAUGCUCUGGAGAGAAACAGCUGUGGACGGUCCUUGGGCUCCUUAUCACCAUACUCCCAUGAUCUCUUGGACAGCGUUGACUUGAGAAAGAGGCUUUCCUCUACCUCUGCCUUCACAGAGUCUCCUGCUCAUAGUCACCACGGAGGAUCCCCGCUGCAUUGUUAUCUCCCCGGCAAUGUGAGCGGCAGGAGCUCACCCUAUUACACUCAGCCAGAGCCCAGGUGUACCACACCCACCACCUCCACCUUCCAAGUUCCCAAGCAUUUCCAUGUCCCAGCAUCUGAAGAAAGCAACAUUUACAGAAACCCCCCCAUCUACAAGAGACAAGACAUUCCUGGCACUCCAACCAAUAGGAGUAAGAUGAAUGUGAAUCUGGUCAAUUCCAGCCGCUUUUCCACCUCUAACUGUAACAGCCUUUAUCAUGCAGACUCCAAUUAUUUUCCUUAUGGUGGCUCACCGAAAGUCUCCAGGGUGAGGAGGUUUUCAUCCGGAGGAGAAGAGGAUGGAUUGAAUCAUAAUAUAAACAAGGGAGUUGGCAGGAUGAUCCUAAAGGAGGAGAUGAAAGCACGAUCAGGGGGUCAGGACAACAACCAAUGGAGGAGCGCGCGCAGCUCCCAGAGUAACAGCAAGGAGACACUGAACAAUCUGGAAUAUGGCUCCCUUAAUGGCUCUCCCAGGUCCACAUUAAGUGCAGAUAAUGACUCAUACUCUACCAAAUCUGCCUCGUUGCCAGGCUACGGCAGGAAUGGACUGAACAGGCCUGGAAGUGCGAACACAGAUUAUUACCAGUACGACAGCAGUAAUGCAGUUAACUGGCAGAUAAGAGAAUACAAGAUCUACCCAUAUGAAGCUCUUGUGGUGUCAGUAAGAGGGCAGCAGCAUCUUCCCAACGAUGUGGAUAGAGCCCGUCUAGAGCGUCACCUUUCACCAGAAGAGUUUUACAGAGUCUUUGGCAUGUCUAUGUCUGCCUUUGACCGCCUGGCUCAGUGGAAAAAGAAUGAACUAAAGAAACAGGUCCGUCUUUUCUAGGAAAAGCCAGAAGAUCCAGUCCAGUGUGUUCCAGUCCAGGUGAAGCAUCAAGAGCACCCAGAAUGUUGCUUCCAAAAAGAUUUUACCUAACAAUGACUGAGACUGUACGCUUGAAGGAAAGCAUUCAGCCUGACAUACUGAAACUGAUAUGCACUAUGGCUUAUUGAGCAAUAAGUAUAAGGGCAGCAAGGGCAAAAUUGGAGGAUGGAAGGUUGCAAGAGAUGGGCUGAUACUUCAACAGAGAAAUUAUGAGCGUGAAGCUGCUUUCCCAACUUGUACCAACAGAUGGCAGUGCAUUGCAGUGUGAGAAUCCGAGGCACUUUAAUACAUUGUGCCAUAUAGAAAGAUUCAUGUGAAAAAUGAGGGAGAGGUUUGGAAAAUUAGCUGUUCGGAAGAUAGUAUCAAUGAUCCAGCUUUACUCAGAAACUGCCAUCAAAGACCUGCAAGAUUCUUAGCAAAGUAAAUCCUGUGAGAAUCUCAGCGUAAAGGUUACUGAAUAUAAUAGUUAUGGUUUUUAUAAAUUACAACUACUGGAAACCAAAACUUCUCUAUUGCUUUUUUAUUGUGUAAUUGUGUAUUUAAUUUCUAUUCCAGCUUAUUUAAAGCCAUAUCAGUGUCAGGACUUUUGUACUGAUGUGUGGUUUGAAAUAUAAAUUAAUGUGACUGAGCAGUGAUGUGACUGAGUGUGUUCAGGUAAAAAAUUUAGGUUUAGUACCUCGAACGUUGACACAUUAUAUUUCAAGAAAGCAAAUUUAGAGUCACUUGAGGGGCUGAAUUCCUGAAAUAAACCAGACUGACUGAUAAUGAAUCUGUGUGUGUAAUUACAUUAUAUGUUGAUGUAGGACAUCAAGUAAAGAGUGUUAAGAUGAAAAUGGAAAACAAGUGUGUGAUAAACAGAUGUUACAAAUAAUGUAUGGACUGCAUUCAAAAAAUGUGUGUGUUCACAGAUCGCAACAAUUAAUCACUUUUACAAUAUUAUCACUGUAGGUAUAUCAAACUCUUAUUUUGUAUUUAUUGCAGUUAAUAUUUAUCAUCUCUCCUGUGUUUCACUGCAGCUUCUGAAUAAAUAUCAUGCAUUACAUGCA